GUGCUUCUUUCCGACUAUUUUGCACCGGUGUAGCGGAGCUCGAUCACCAUGUCCAACAUACUGCGUGUUGCGGGGACCCUUCUCCCUGCAGACGUGCAAUGCCGGAGGUUUGUGGCGGCUAACAGGUAUGACCUGGCCGAGACGGGGUACGGCCGCGCCCUUCUGGCCGCCAUGUCUGAUAUGGACAGGAUGCAGGAAGUGGAAGUACUGAAGAGCCUGGGAGACUUGAACGUGGAAAAAGGAACACUCCACAGGACCGAAGCUCCGCGGAACUUGGAGCGGGGCCUGAACCUGUACAGGGCCGCGCUGCUCCGGUGUGAGGACCCGGGGGAAGGCGAGUCCCUCCAACAUAGGGUCAAACUCGCCGAGAAACUCAGGCAGAAAACGCCCAUAGCUGGCUCAAUCAGGAACACAAGCAUUGAUUCUGUUGCACGGACUUCAGAAGUCUUUCAAAACUUGGACAAGAAACUGGCUAACGGUGGCCAUAUGACCUCCAUCUUAGAGGGCUACACGAAGGUUCUUGUAGAAGGAAUAGCGGAGAGGAACAAUCUGUUGGAAGAAGAGGCUAUAAAAAGUCUCGGAGACGUGAACCUUAAGAGAGGAAAGGACUUAAAGAAUCCACAACACUUGACCAAGGCUACAGCCCUGUACAGCACAGCCCUGGAACGAUGUGACGAUUCACAUGGGAAAACCGUGCUCACACAUCGCUUACUGCACGCAGCAAAAGUCAGGAGGGACAUUUUGGAUAGAAGGAGACAGCAGAAGGCGUCAGUAGCUAAGGGCAAAAAGACAGACAAAGAACAAUCAUCUGGUUCUAAAAUCGUAAAGGAUUCUCCUUUAAAUAUCCCUCAAGAUCAUAGCCUCCUUACAGCAGAUGAUUUAAGGCAGUACGAAGAACACCUCCAGAAAGGUGAUCAGGAUGUACAGAGAGGAGUCCUGGACUCAGCAGAGCAGCGCUUUGCAGAGGCACUCAAGCUUGUACAUGUCAAAUAUCCCACAGUUCUACAGUACGAAAGAGAAGUCUCACCGCUGCGCAAGUUGGGGGAUGUCUACUGCAGGCGAGGCUGUCAAACAGGAGACGGGGGAGACUUUGUCAAGGCAGUAGGUCUUUACCAUGCAGCAGUAGCCAGGUCAGGGGACAGUGCCUCAAAACGCGAGCUUGCCAACGCAGUUAUGGAGGCAGAAAGACAGUUUCUCACGUACAGCCUAUCUUUGGAUGGUAUUCCUGAAAGUCAGUACGUGGGUAACACUCGUAAACAUAAAAACCAGCUCAGUAAAAUACGGGGCCAAAUCUCACAAGAAAUGGAAACCAUCGACAAGGUGAAUCCCUACGUAUAUGAUGAGAAAAGUCUGUUAGUUUGGGGGACAGAAGCUAAGCGGGCCAAUGUUGUCAGGCAGUUGUUCGAGAAAAUUGCAAAAGAAAGAAAAGAGUUCAUAGGGCAGCUAGUAGAUGAGUGUAUCUCAGUGAUGGGUCCCCCUCCCUGUAAGUAUGCCCUGUUAGGUUUGGGUUCACAGGCCACAGGACUGGUAACUCCAUACUCAGACCUGGAGUUUGCCAUCUUGGUAGAGGAGGAAAAUGGAGCAAAUACCGCGUAUUUCCGCCGACUGACUCACUACCUGCACCUGAAAGUGGUCAACCUGGGAGAAACCAUCCUCCCAGCCUUGGGGAUAAAAAGUCUGAAUGACUUCUACUCAGAUGACCCACUUGACAACUGGUUCUAUGACUCUGUUACACCACGUGGGUUUGCAUUUGACGGCUCCAUGCCAAAAGCAUGCAAGACUCCACUAGGCAGGGGCGAAACAGCUGAACUUAUUCACACGCCAAGUGCGAUGACCAAAAUCAUGCUGGACGACCUGAAUGUGUAUUUUAAGGAGGGCUACCAUCUCGCCAGCAUCUUGGGGAAUGUAUGUUUGAUCACAGGAGAGCAGGACUUGGUCGAUGCGUAUUGCACUUUAUGGACUCAGAAACCCGAACCUUGUAAAGGGGCAUUAUCUAAGUCACAGGCAUUGAGCAUAAUGGGAGAAGAUACAAAUAUCCAAACGUUUUCACCCAAAGCUCCAACAUCUAGACUGAUAGAUGUGAAGAAAGAAAUCUAUCGAUUUUCGACCCUUGCAGUGUCGUGUUGGGCGCUACUCCGCGGUAUACAACCCACGACAAUCUGGGAGACUAUUCAGAACAUGAACAGAAACGGAGUCAUCAACAGUGAGAACGCGCAUCACUUGAUGGUGCUGGUCAGCAUCUCAGCAGAACUGAGGUUGCGGACAUACAUGAACAACCGUGGACAGGUGGAGAACAUGUCAGCCUUAUCGUCCAUGUCUGAUAACACAGAUAUGGAGGAGAAGUUGAAUAAAGUGUUUUACUUCUCCAAUACAAUGCAACUGAUGCGGUACCAUAGCACGGCAAUACCAUUGAAGGUCUUUAUUUCACAGCUUAUCCAAUUCCCCCAACCAUCGGUAAGACCCCCUGUUCUGUUUGACAACUCACCAAACAUACAAGCAGACGUAUACACGAGUCUGUGUGAGUAUGAAAAAGCAAAAUCAUGCGCGGAACUGGCACUACAGGAUGUUUUUUCUACAUACGGUAGAGGAAACGCCCAUUUUAAUAUCGCUGGCUCACUUAGCGAGUUGGGUAGCGCCUGGCGGAAUCUUGGCAAUUACAAAAAGGCCGUCAGUUAUUAUGAACAGUCACUGCAGAUGAUGCGGAGUAUAUUUGGUGAGGAUACUGAACAUCCUGCCAUCGCCGUGUCACUUCACAACUUGGGUGCCACCUGGAGCCAGCUUGGCGAUCAUGGAAAGGCCGUCAGUCAUUUUGAACAGGCACUACAGAUGUUCAGGAUUGUCCAUGGUGAGGACAAGGAACAUCCUGACAUCGCCAAGUCGCUCAACAACUUGGGUACCGCCUGGAGGGACCUUGGUGAUUACGGAAAGGCCGUCAAAUAUAAUGAACAGUCACUACAGAUGAUGCAGAGUAUGUAUGGGGAGAACACUCCGCAUCCUGACAUUGCCGGCGCACUUAACAACUUGGGUACCGCCUGGAGUCACCUUGGUGAUUACAGAAAGGCCAUUAGUUAUUUUGAACAGACACUACAGAUGAUGCAGAUUAUCUAUGGUAAGGGAACUGCACAUCCUGACAUCGCCUUGUCACUCAGGAACUUAGGCAGCGCCUGGAAUCACCUUGUUGAAUACGGAAAGGCCGUCAGCUAUUAUGAACAAGCACUGCAAAUGCUGCGAAGUAUACAUGGUAAGGACAAAGCACAUCCUCACAUCGCCUCGUCACUUCACAACUUGGGUGACGCCUGGAGUAACCUUGGUGAUCACAGAAAGGCCGUCGGCUAUUAUGAACAGGCACUACAAAUGAUGCGGAGUAUCCAUGGUGAGGACACUGAACAUCCUGGCAUCGCUGCGUCACUUAACAACUUGGGUGACGCCUUGAAUCACCUUGGUGAUCACAGAAAGGCCGUCAGCUAUUUGGAACAAGCUUUAAAGAUGAGUCGGAGUAUCCAUGUACCUCCACAUCUAAACAUCGCCGCGUCGCUUAGCAACUUGGGUAACGCCUGGAGUGACCUUGGUGAUUAUAGAAAGGCCCUCAGCUAUUAUGAACAGGCACUACAGAAGUGGCGGAGUAUCUAUGGUGAGGACACUGAACAUCCUGAAAUCGCCGGGUCACUUCUCAACUUGGGUAACGCCUGGAGGGACCUUGGUGAUCACAGAAAGGCCGUCAGCUAUCAUGAACAGUCACUACAGAUGAGGCGGAGUCUCUAUGGGUCCAACAUACUGCGUGUUGCGGGGACCCUUCUCCCUGCAGACGUGCAAUGCCGGAGGUUUGUGGCGGCUAACAGGUAUGACCUGGCCGAGACGGGGUACGGCCGCGCCCUUCUGGCCGCCAUGUCUGAUAUGGACAGGAUGCAGGAAGUGGAGGUACUGAAGAGCCUGGGAGACUUGAACGUGGAGAAAGGAAGACUCCACAAGACCGAAGCUCCGCGGAACUUGGAGCGGGGCCUGAACCUGUACAGGGCCGCGUUGCUCUGGUGUGAGGACCCGGGGGAAGGCGAGUCUCUCCAACAUAGGGUCAAACUCGCCGAGAAACUCAUGCAGAAAACGCACAUAACUGCCUCAAACAGGAACACAAGCAAUGACUCUGUUGUGAGGACGGCAGAAAUCUUUCAAAACUUGGAUAAGACAUUGGCAAACGGUGGCCAUAUGACCUCCAUCUUAGAGGGCUACACGAAGGUUCUUGUAGAAGGAAUAGUGCAGGAGAACAAUCUGUUGGAAGUAGAGUCCAUAAAAAGUCUCGGAGACGUGAACCUUAAGAGAGGAAGAGACUUAAAGGAGCCCAGACACUUGACCAAGGCUACAGCCCUGUACAGCACAGCCCUGAAGCGAUGUGACGAUCCACAUGGGAAAACCGUCCUCACACAUCGCUUACUGCACGCAGCAAAAGUCAGGAGAGCCAUGGCAGAAAGAAAGAGACGGAAGAUCCCGAGGAGCGAAAAGACAAACAAGUUGCUAUCAACUGGACCUCUCCAGGUCAGGAAUCUUCCUAAAAGCCAUGACCUCAACACAGCAGUUGAUUCAAAUGAGUACACAGAACAGCUGCAGGAGGGCUGCAGGGCCCUGCAGACAGGAGACCUGGACACGGCAGAACACAACUUUGCAGCUGCACUCAAGGUCGUCCAUUUCAAAGAUCAAUACAUGGAAGAGGCGGAGCCCCUGUGCAGGUUAAGCGACGUCUACCUGGAAAGAGGAAAGACGUCGAAAGACGGAAGUGACUUCACCAAGGCUGCAGCACUCCGUAAUGCCGCACUGGUCAGAGCAAGGACAGAAGACAGAGAAGGCAUCAAACAAACAAUCCUACAACUUAGUCGGUUAUUUGUUGAGCACGUGCUGGGGAUCAAACAAGUAGUGAACACCAGUAAAACAGAAAAACACAAAUCAAUACUGAAGAAAGACCGAGAGCAGGUAGAAGACAAGCUGAAACAAAUCGAGCAGGAGAUCGAUCCUUAUAGUCUUGAUGACGAUGAUCCAGAGAUAAGAGACACAGAGAAGCAGAGAGCGGAAGCGAUCUUUACAUUGUUCCAAACAACUAUUGUUAAACAGAGAAAAACGUUCAUAUCUGGCCUUGUAGAUGAAUGUAUGGAGGUAAUGGGUCCCCCUCCCUGUAAGUACGCCAUGAUAGGCCUGGGUUCACUGGCCACAGGGUUAGUAACCCCGUACUCUGAUCUAGAGUUCGCCAUCCUGAUAGAGGAGGAAACAGAGAGUAACGUCAAGUAUUUCCGCAACCUGACUCACUAUCUGCAUCUCAAAGUCAUCAACCUAGUAGAAACCAUUCUCCCGGCCAUGGCGAUCAAGUCCCUCAAUGAUUUUUCUAAAGACCCACCGAACAGCUGGUUCUACGACUCUGUAACGCCGCGCGGGUUCGCGUUCGACGGAUCCAUGCCGCAUGCAUGCAAGACUCCACUGGGCAGGGGUGAAACAGCUGAACUUAUCCACACACCGAGUGAGAUGACAAAUGUUUUAAUAGAAGACUUGCAGCGUGACAUGGACAAACUCAUGCAAGACGACCCGACUUUCCAUUCAAACAAAGGCUACCAUCUCGACACAAUAUUGGGGAACGUGUGUUUGAUCACAGGAGACCAGGACCUGGUCGAUGCGUAUUCCGCAUUGUGGACUCGGCUACUACAGAGUAGUGGUAAGGUGGUAUCUGUGUUACAGGCAUGUAGUAUUAUGAGCGAAAAUACAAAUAACCAAGCAUUUACACUCGAAGAUCCAACAUCGAGACUGAUAGAUGUGAAGAAAGACAUCUAUCGAUUUUCGACCCUUGCAGUGUCGUGUUGGGCACUGUUCUAUGGUAUACAACCCACCACAAUAUGGGAAACUAUUCAGAAGAUGCACAAGAACGGAGUCAUCAACAGUGAGAACGCGCUUCACUUGAUGGUGCUGGUCAGCAUCUCAGCAGAACUGAGGCUGCGGACAUACAUGAACAACCGUGGACAGGUGGAGAACAUGUCAGCCUUAUCGUCCAUGUCUGUUACUGCCGAACACCUGCAGAAAGGCGAGAAGGCCUUACGGAGGGGAGACUUAGACUCAGCAGAGAAGCACUUUGCAGCAGCACUCAGGCCUGUACAUGUCAGAGAUCCCACACCCCUACAGUACGGAAAAGAAGUCUCACCGCUGCACAAGUUGGGGGAAGUCUACAACAGGCGAGGCUGUCAAACAGGAGACGGGGGAGACUUUGUCAAGGCGGCAGCACUCUACCAUGCAGCACUGGCCAGGUCAAAGGUCCACGAUGCGAUCCUUAAAAAUGCAAUUGAAGAAAUAGAAGCGCUGUUUCUCAAACAUGUUUUCAAGACAGACCAGAAAAGCAACCCAGAUGAAACAGAGAAACACAAGAAACAGCUGAAAGAAACACGGCAACAAAUCAAACUUGAAAUGGAAACACUUGACGAGGAUGUUCCCUUUAUGGAUGCUGAUAAUAAACAGCGGAAAGUGAACGAAAUGGAAGCCAAGAGGGCUGACGCUGUCAGACAGUUGUUUGAGAAAAUUGCUGAAGAAAGGAAAGAGUUCAUUGGGCAGCUAGUAGAUGAGUGUAUCUCAGUGAUAGGUCCCCCUCCCUGUAAGUAUGCCCUGUUAGGUUUGGGUUCACAGGCCACAGGACUGGUAACUCCAUACUCAGACCUGGAGUUUGCCAUCCUGGUAGAGGAGGAAAAUGAAGCAAACGUUGCAUACUUCCGUCGACUGACUCACUACCUUCACCUCAAGGUUGUCAACCUUGGAGAAACCAUCCUCCCAGCCUUGGGGAUAGCAAGUCUGAAUGAUUUCUCAUCGAAGGAUCCACAUGACAACUGGUACUAUGACUCUGUAACGCCACGUGGGUUUGCCUUUGAUGGCUCCAUGCCAAAAGCAAGCAAGACUCCACUGGGCAGGGGGGAAACAGCUGAACUUAUCCACACACCAAAGGAGAUGACUAGGAUCAUGCUAGACGACCUCACUGUGUAUUUCAAGAAAGGCUACCAUCUCGCCAGCAUCUUGGGGAAUGUGUGUUUGAUCACAGGAGAGCAGGACUUGGUCGAUGUGUAUUCCGACUUGUGGACUCAGAAACUUCAAAGUAGUAAAAAAGUAUCAGUGCAACAGGCAUUGAGUAUAAUGACCGAAGAAACAAAUAUCAAAACGUUCACACUUGAAGAUCCAACAUCAAGAUUACUAAAUGUGAAGAAAGACAUCUAUCGAUUUUCGAUCCUUGCAGUGUCGUGUUGGGCGCUACUCCACGGUAUACAACCCACCACAAUAUGGGAGACUAUUCAGAAGAUGAACAUGAAAGGAGUCAUCAAGAGUGAGAACGCGCAUCACUUGAUGGUGCUGGUCAGCAUCUCAGCAGAACUGAGGCUGCGGACAUACAUGAACAACCGUGGACAGGUGGAGAAUAUGUCAGCCUUAUCGUCCAUGUCUGAUCACACAGAUAUGGAGCAGAAGUUGAAUAGAGUGUUUUACUUCUCUAACACAAAACAACUGAUGAGGUACUAUUACACAGCAACACCAUUAAAGGCCUUUCUUCCACAACUUCCCAAACCACCGAUAAGGCCCCCUGUUCUGUUUGACAAUUCACCAAAGAUACAAUCAGACGUAUACACAAGUCUUUGUGAGUACGAAAAAGCAAAAUCAUGCGCGGAACUGGCACUACGGGAUGACUAUUCUACAUACGGUAGAAAAAACGCUCAUCCUGCUAUUGCCUACUCACUUAGCAAAUUGGGUGGUGCCUGGUGGAACCUUGGGAAUUACAAAAAGGCCGCCAGCUAUUAUGAACAGGAACUACAGAUGAGGCGGAGUAUCUAUGCUGAGGACACUGAACAUCCUAACAUCGCCACGUCACUUAACAACAUGGGUAUGAGCUCUAUGGGCCUUGGUGAUUACAGAAAGGCCGUCAGCUAUUAUGAACAGGCACUACAGAUGAUGCGGAGUAUCCAUGGUGAGAACACUGAGCAUCCUGAUAUCGCCACGUCACUUAACAACUUGGGUAACGCCUGGUGGGACCUUGGUGAUCACAGAAAGGCCGUCAGCUAUCAUGAACAGUCACUACAGAUGUGGAGGAAAAUCCAUGGCGAGGACACCGAACAUCCUACCAUCGCUACGCCACUAAACAACUUGGGUGCCGCCUGGAAGAACCUCGGUGAUCACAGAAAGGCAGUCAGCUAUUAUGAACAGUCACUACAGAUGAGGUGGAAUAUCUAUGGCAAGGACACCGAACAUCCUGACAUCGCCCAGUCACUUCACAACUUAGGUAACGCCUGGAGUGACCUUGGUGACCACAGAAAGGCCGUCAGCUAUUAUGAACAGUCACUAAAGAUGUACCGGAGUAUCCAUGGUGAGGACACUGAACAUCCUGAUAUCGCCGCGUUACUUAACAACUUAGGUAUCGCCGGGAGUGACCUUGGUGACCACAGAAAGGCCGUGAGCUAUUAUGAACAGUCACUAAAGAUGUACCGGAGUAUCCAUGGUGAGGACACUGAACAUCCUGAUAUCGCCACGUUACUUAACAACUUGGGUACCGCCUGGAGGCGCCUUGGUGGUCACAGAAAGGCCGUCAGCUAUCAUGAACAGGCACUACAGAUGAGGCGGAGUAUUCAUGGUGAGGGAACUGAACAUCCUCACAUCGCCGCGUCACUUACCAACUUGGGUAUCGCCUGGAGUGACCACGGUGAUCACAGAAAGGCCGUAAGCUAUCAUGAACAGGCACUACAGAUGUACCGGAGUAUCCAUGGUGAGACCACUGAACAUCCUCACAUCGCCACGUUACUUAACGACUUGGGUAACGCCUGGAGACACCUUGGUGAUCACAAAAAGGCUGUCAGCUAUUAUAAACAGGCACUACAGAUGAGGCGGAGUAUCCAUGAUGAGAACACUGAACAUCCUGACAUCGCCUCGUCACUUAACAACUUGGGUAACGCCUGGGGGGACCUUGGUGAUCACAGAAAGGCCGUCAGCUAUUAUGAACAGUCACUACAGAUGUACCGGAGUAUCCAUGGUGAGAACACUGAACAUCCUCACAUCGCCACGUUACUUAACAACUUGGGUAUCGCCUGGAGGGGCCUCGGCGAUCACAGAAAGGCCGUCAGCUAUUAUGAACAGGCACUACAGAUGAACAGGAGUAUCCAUGGCGAGGUCAAUGUACAUCCUGACAUCGCCAGGUCACUCAACAUCUUGGGUGCCGGCUGGUUGAUGUUUGGCGAUCACAGAAAGGCCGCUAGCUACUUUGAACAGGCCCUACAGAUGAUGCGGGGUAUCCAUGGUGAGGAUGACGAACAUCCUGACGUUGCAAAGACGCUUGAGGGGCUGAGUCUGGCUCGUAGCCUCAUUGUUGAUCGCGGAGAGGCCGCCAACUGUCAAGAAUAGUCACGUCAGAAAAUGUUGGGAAAAGACUAUCAUUAUGACCUAUGAAUAACAUUAUAACAACUUAAUAUGUU